AUCUUCGAAAGCUUAUUGCUUCAUUUCUGUAUUAAGUAUGUCCAACACGGAAGAAAAGCAAAAUGUGCAGUCUGUUGGCUCUGGGCCCAAAGUCAAUAUCCUCUACUCAGCCCCUGGUUUCGCAGUACUCGAUCCAGACACUAUCAAGACAAUGGCGAACCCCAGCAAUACCAUAUUCAGCUGGGGCGGCGUACAGAUAGUGAAAAUAUCUCCUGAAGUUGCGGUCAAAUUUGGCUCUCAUGUCACAUUACACGAGGCUAAAAGUAUGUUGUUUGUUAAUCAGAAUACAGAAACUGUACCAGUGCCCAAGAUCUUUGCUUAUUACUCCUACGGUCCAAUCGACCGGGACAUCGGGGAUUAUGGGAGCUACUAUGAUAAUUAUAUCUUCAUGACUUAUGUGGAGGGCCAGAGACUGGAUAAGGUCUGGGACACUUAUGAUAGUGUGACAGAAACUCGAAUUGCCGGCCAGUUGAAAGGGUAUCUCGAUGAGCUUCGCCAGAUUGAGCACAGGAAUUACAUAGGCUCUGUUGAUCGUGGGCCGCUUCCUGAUCCAAUUCUAGGAGAACUUGAGUACAAGGGACCCUUUGAUUCAGAAGAUGACUUCAACAAUGCAAUUAUCAAUGCAUAUCAAGACACGGCACCAAAACGUCAUGUCAAGAAUGUCCCGGUUGGUAUGCUUGCGUCUCAGAAAAGACAUAAUAUCGUUUUUACCCAUGGGGAUUUUCGUCAUCCCAAUAUCAUGGUUAACGAUGGGAACGUCACUGGUAUCGUUGAUUGGGAGUUCAGUGGCUGGUUCCCUGAACACUGGGAGUUUGUCAAAGCUCUCGCGGUAUGGAAGUGGCAGAAUGAUUGGACUGGAUAUUUGGCAAAGAUUCUCGAACCGUAUUAUACUGAGUAUGCGGUGUUUUUGUUCUUUCAUGAAGUUCUCUGGAUGUAAUAACCGUCGUUGGGUCUGUAAGCCUGAUUGGAAAGAAAGCUGUGACUAUUGGACUAGUCCCGGUAGACCUGGUGGAUGCGAAG